AUGUCACUGAAAACCCUCCCGGUCGAGAUCACGACACAAAUUGUCGAUGAAAUUUGUGGCCCAGAUCGGUCUCUAUGUGGCAGGAAUGAACUUGUCGGAAUGAGACUCAUUUCCCGUCAAUUUGACGCUGUCAUCUCCCGUAUCGCAUUUCCAAUGGUAGAUCUAACGGUUAUACGCCAAAACGAUAGAUUGAUGACACGUCCCAUUGUUAAAUGGCUGUUAGUAGAGAAGGCCAAAACUCUGAGGCGGGAUAAAUCACCUGGUGCUUUUGCUUUCAUACUUGAUGCAUCCUCCUUCUUUACGGAGAGUCAAUAUGAUCCUAGUCUCUGCGAGGAUGAUAGCCUUGAGGCCAUCUGCAAUGCUAUUGUUUCGUCAAACGAUCCGAGGACCGUUUUCAUCAAACUCAUCCUUCAUGCCACUCCAGAUCCUUCCUUCUACAACCUUUGGUUUUACCGUCGACGACAACAUGGUCAGGCCUGGACAAGGGAAGAAAGACCUGGGCUUUUCUAUGGGGCGUUGCAACUCGCUGCCGCAGUAGGAAGCGCUUGUGCUAUAGAAUCACUCAUGAGGAGUGGAGUUAGUUUGGACUACAGACACCGCGUAUUUGGUACUGCCAUUCGUUGUGCUGUUUUAUGCAACAAAGUGAAUUCAGUGAGGGCCCUAGUGGAAAAUGAGAUUGAUACGGUUCCCAUCAUUGAUGGUGAGGUAACGCCUCUUUUGCUCUUCGCAGGCCAAGCAGAUCGCCCUCAAAUAGCCGAGUUUCUCCUGGGGUUACCAAAUGCCCCAGUGGGCUUUAAAGGGAAAGGCGGAGCGACGAUACUGCUGUGGGCUGCUCGUCGAGGAUGGACCAACAUUGAAACGCCGCUGAAGGCGGCCGCCAGAGGGGGGCAUGAGGAAAUAGUUCGCCUAUUUGUUGACCGCCAAGAUAUUGAGCCAGAAGUUGGUGAUGGAAAGCAAUCACUGGCGUUUUACGCCAUUAAUGGGGGCUCGGCUACCAUCACCGCGCGUCUUCUGGACCGCUACGGAAUUGACCCGAACAGACUGGUUAUUCACAACAAGUCUGCCCUUGCGCGCGCCGCAGAACUGGGCCACACAUCCUUGGUCCGUAUGAUUUUAAAUCGCGAGGACGUGGAUGUGAACUACUCCCACGGUACGCUUCACUCACCGCCAAUUGUCUGGGCUGCAUUGGCCAACCAGAUCGAAACUGCAAAGCUGCUUCUCGAGCGCAAGGAUCUGAAUCUCAAUCUUGAAGGGUACGCGUCUACUGUUCUUAAGAAGCUAGUAACCAGGAACUAUGUGGAGAUGGCCAGGCUGCUUCUUGAUCGCAGAGACCUUUCGCCUCAUGUAUUUCAACAGGCCUUACGGGUGGUUGCUCGUUCCGGAAGUUCGGAAAUGCUGCUGUUGUUUCUCUUGCAUGAGAGAAUGAGGAAGAACGCUAGGAAAGAUAUGAAAUAUACACUGCAGGAGGCGGUACUAGUAGGCCGUGAUGCGGUGCUUCGUGGGGUAGUGAAGAGAAUUACUCUUGAAUCUGAGUGGGUAGAGUAUUUGACGAGGAGUUGGCGCAUUGAAGCACUUGAGGACCGACUGAGCUUUUCUGAGCAACGAUUUCUGCGGUAG